CUGUCAGUCAGUCAUCUGCCUCCCAGUCCUCCCUCCCCUCUUUCUCUCUCUCUCCUCCUUCUUGUGUUUGGUGCCAGUAGUGUGCUGGCCAGCAAACAGGCAGUUUCACAACAGGAGCUGUUCGUAUCAGGUUCCCUGUGAUUCACGAACAGCUGGAUCCCAGGUGGGAACAGGAGUCCUUCGCUAUUAAACAGAGAACAAAAAGAGUUGACACCUUGAAGACAUGUUUGGACAGAUUGGAUCCAGAGUCCUGGCGCAACCAAACUCCCGCUGACCGGUGAACAUGGGGGGGAGGAGUAGGAGAUGGAGGGGCAGCGCCGCGGCCUUCAGGGCCGUGAUGGGAGCCGUGCUGCUCGGGCUCAGCGUGGCUCGGACGUGUCCGGCGGGGGAGACCCACCAGAACCUCACCCUGCCUUCGUACCUAAACCCGGCGGAGAAGCACCGCGGCGUGGAGUUUAUGGCCUCCCUUGUCCAGAGUUUCCUCCAGACGGUCCAGCCAAACGCUUUCCCAACAGAUAUAUUCUCGAAAAUAGUCCAAGGUCCUGGCAACGUAGUGUCAAACAAAGACCUCGUAAAUGAAAUUCUGGUGUACCAGGUGGGUUUCCUGGUGUGUGUAGCCAUCGGCAUUCUGUACAUCGUCCUGAUGCCCGUCGUUGGUUUCUUCGUGGCUUGCUGUCGCUGCUGUGGCAACUGUGGUGGGAAGAUGUACCAGAAGCAAACCUCCUCCACUUGCUGCCUCAGAUGGAGUCUUUACCUCACUGUGCUUGUGAUCACAAUCAUCAUCUUCGCCGGUAAUGUCUGCAUGUUCAGAAGCAACACAGCUUUUAAGACGAGUGUGGAUAAGGGGCCCGUGGAGCUCAACAACACCAUAAGCAACAUCCACACCUUCCUCACAGCUGUGCCUCAGCAAGUAAAUGAUGUAGUGAACGAGAGCUUCAGAGCUGUGGAUGAGGUUACCAGGAACCUAGAUGAUAUCGGACCUCAGUUGGGAGGAAAAAUCCAGCAGCGCUUUAGAGGAAGUUUUGACCCGGCUCUGCAGUCGAUCACGAGUCUGGACAAAGGAGUUUUGAACACUAAAGCUCAACUGGACAAUUUGAACUCGUCUCUGGCCCAGCUGCAGUCCAGCAUAGACCAGGUCCAGGCCAACGUCACGGACGUCAAAAACCAGAUCAAUCAGACGCUGUUCAAAGUGAACUGCGUUAAUUGUAGAGACUAUUCUCAGGAGCUGCAGAAACUAACAGUAGACAGCACCAUCUCUAUUCCCAGCCUGAAUCAGUUUCAGUCUGCAGUUGAUGAAGUCAUCAAAGCGGAUCUAGAAUCCAAAAUAAAUGAGGGGGAGAGUUAUUUCAGCAGUAUCCCUCAGAGAGUGACCAACGAGACCAAAGAUAUCGUCCAAAACAGCAAACAGCAGCUGAGUGACGUAACRACACAGAUUUCUCAGAUUUCCAAAGAUCUGCAGCUCUCUGCUCUGAAUGACGUGUCCAAGACUCUGAACCAGGUGCAGAGUGACAUCAGCAGUUACWCACCCCAAAUAGAAAGCGCAGAGUUUAUCAGAUGGUGUGUGUGUGUGACCCUGUGCUGCGUCGUCCUCCUGGUGGUCCUGUGUAACCUCCUGGGCCUGGUUCUGGGCCCCCUGGGUCUCUCACCCAAAGUGAACCCCACGAGUCGCUCAUGCACGGCGGACUGCGGCGGCGUCUUCUUCWUGAUGGGUGCAGGUUUCAGUUUCCUCUUCUCCUGGAUCCUUAUGAUCGCAGUGCUGCUGCUCUUCCUGCUGGGUGGAAACGUUUACACUCUCGUCUGCCGACCAUGGAGCAAUGGACAGCUGCUACAGAUCAUUGAUUCAACAGGGGUAAUUCAGGGGUUGAACAUAAGCCAAGCUUUAGGACUUAAGACCCCCAUUGGUAUCACUGAUAUCUAUAGAGACUGUCAGGAAAACAAACCUCUGUGGACGACGCUUCAUCUGAAUGAGGUCGUUGACCUCGGAGACUUGCUCAACRUAUCCAAAUACACCGCACAGAUCCAGGCGGAGUUCGACAAAACAAACAUCACCCUGCCCACCAUCACUCUCCUGAGCCCUGAAGUGAAAAGUCAGAUUGGAAAUAUUUCUGCCAACUUAAAGAAUGUGAACACCACUGGUGCCACACAGCAGAUGAACAACAUUCUCAGCAUCAAUCUAAAUACAACAGCAGAUAAACUUUUAAACUUAAGUAAUUAUCAGCCCGAUGCAAGCAUUAAAACAGAACUCCAAAAUGAAGCUAUGAAACUGAAGCAGAUCCAAGCCGACAUUGAAGUAGUUAUCUUUCCCCAAGUGAAAAACCUGAAUUCAUCUAUCAACAGCCUUCAGUCUACAGCAAAACAAGUCGAUGGAUCAGUGGGGGAGGUGCUGAGCAGCGUUGGAGCAGCACAAGACUUGCUCAACACAAAUACGUCCCAGAUCGUAAAGACUGAAAGCAGGAAGUUUUUAGAUUGUCAGGUGGCAUACUUCACUGCUUUUGCUGACUGGGCCAAAAUCACGAUCACGCAGCAUAUUGGGCACUGUGGGCCUGUKGCUGGAGCCGUGGAUUCUGCUGAGGUCAUCUUCUGCUCCAACAUGAUGGAGCCUCUGAAUGCCUUCUGGUUCAGUCUGGGCUGGUGCCUGAUGUUCUUCAUUCCCAGCAUAAUCUUUUCUAUCAAACUUGCCAAAUACUACAGGAGAAUGAAAUACUCAGAUUGCUAUGAUGACAAUCUCAUCAUGACCCACAUCCCUCGAGCUCAAGUGAAAAUCACUUGAGAGGUGAACCAGCCGCAGGCCCAAAUGGUCCAUCACAUUACAAAAUAAAAGCCCAUGGAGCUUAUGUGAUGCAAAAUGGUAGAGAAAAUACUUACAUAGUUUUUUUUAUUGUUAUUAGUUUUUCUCCUCAAGUGAAGAAGGAAAUGAAUAUUUUUAUACAAAAUAUUUCAAACUGCACAUUUAGCCUUUUUAAAGUAACCUCAGGGGAAAAAUGGUCAUAAACAUUUUUUAUAGUAUCCUAAUCCAUUUAAUGUUUGCUGUUGAUAUGCUUUAUGUUUAUACAUCUGUAUGAACACUGAAGCUUUCUUUGUAAGGGAAUGUUUCUGUUCUGUUGGUCAUUUUGAUUUGCACUAAUACUGAGUACCACAGUUUCCUAAAAUGUUCAAAACACACUGGUUUGUCUCUCAACGACUUUUUAAGAAUUGUUUGCCACAAUUUUUUUAAUCACUUAAAAUUAUUCUGCCUUUACUCAUUGUGAAUAAGUAAUGAUAGUAUUUUUGUAAUACUUUGUAUGACUGAGUAGAUUGUUUUCUUGUUACUGAGCACUUUACCUUGUUUGUUUAUGAAAUGGGAGUUAAAGGGUUUGAAACAUUUCUGUCAGUUUUUACCCAUACUGUGAACUAAAAAAGGUAACUUAUUAAAAGUUCAGUUGGUCCUCUGUUCCUUGCCAAGCUGCUGUCGUGUCACUUUUAUCCUUACAAAACAAUAAAACAAUUUUUAUUUGUGCUUUGUAAUAAAUUGUUCCCAAAUUUAAAGUGACCAGCACACAGCCACUUUAAAUCUUAAAGCAAUGCAGUGUACUAUGAAUGAAUAAUAAAAAUAUGUGCUGAUUUAUUUUGUCUAGGCCCAGUAACUGACAAGCAGCAGUUCCUACAUGUUGUCCAAUAAUAAAGCUGCCACACUCCAAA